GCAGAUUUCGACUUUUAUCGAUUUGUUUUUCCAUCGAAUCACCGGUGGUGAAGUGUUGUACGGAAGUAAAGUUCCGCGUUAUUGAGCAGAAUGCGAAGUCGUUUGGGGCGGAUCACCAAACUUGGCUUCGGCAUGCUUGGCCUCGGCGGAGCUGCUGGGUCUGCCGCCGCUUACGCUGCGGUAAUGUGGACCAUGCAAGAUUCUGAUGAUCAACAAGAACCAUUCCGUCGUCGCGUGGCUUAUAACCCUGUGACGGAUGGUCCAAAGCGGGCGACGAUUACAAUGUCCGUCGAUUCGAAAUCGCUGUACGUGCAAGUGUAA